AUGAUCGAGUACACCUUCUCCAACACCAGCCUACGAAACACUCGAAUCUACGCACCAAACGGUUCGAUAGCUUACACCAUCACUUCGGAGAGUCAUUUCUUCCGUGCGGACAACACCACCGUCUCGCGUGUGAUCGAUGGUCAAUCUAUCGAGAUCGUCAAGUUCGAAUGGCAUGAUACGACCAAGAGAGAUGUGAUGAAGACCUCGGGGAAUGGGGGGACGACGGUCAAAGUUAAGGAUUAUCUACCGAAAAAGGGGAUGUUUUCAUCUUCAAGGCUAUUUUCGACCCCCAAUGGUCAGUGGAAAUGGAAAUCCAAAGGACCUAUUGUAUACGAUCCACAUGGGAGCGCUUUGGCGCGUUACCAGAAGAACAAACGUCUCUUUGGUUCAAAUAAAUCUGCAACCGGUGCUCCAGCCUCACUUAUCAUCUCAUCCCCAGACGCCUCUCAGCGUUUGGACGAUAUCGUUUUUGGACUUCUCAUCAUGCACAAGGAUAAACAGAGACAAGACAAGGAAGCAUCAGAAGUACCGGUCGGUUAA